UGUCGAUCUCUCGACGUUUGCGAUCGAUCGUCGCGGUUCUUGUUUCAUGAGGAAAGAUCGUACUCAAGGAGAAGGAACCUCCGUGCAGGAAACGAAUCGGACGAAAAUAGAAAAGGUGAACACCGACGCGUGAUAAUCUUUAAAUAGUUGGGCAAAGUUGUGCGGUUAUUGGUCGACGAGUGACGAAAACAAGCGAUGUUACCUCUCGUGGACGUGCUCCAGCAAACAAUAGUUGUGUGGUAGAACUCUGUACGAACUUGUUGAUAUAAAUGAAGUUCGUGCAAUAGAAGCCUACUGAGACUCUCUCCACUAAAGAUUUUUCGUUCGUACAACAGGUCUGCAGGUUUAAAUACAUGGAUACAAAAUAAAUGGAAUUCUCGUUUCACGUUUCUGCAAGUGUUUUUAACAGAUAGUCAUCUUUAUCAAAUAUAAAAGACAGGUUGGCAAUGAAAAUUAAACAAGGAUCAUCGAAUAUUAGUACAAUGUCUGUACCUCGAAACCAAAAUACCAUGUCGCAUUCGUCGAACAACAUCGAAGAUGUGAUCGGGAAGAUCGACAACCUUCGACUUGCGCAUAAUCAGUCGAAUGAAAUACGCCGUCUCGACGUGCAUCGGACAAAACUUAAAGAACGUGGUGUCACCGGCUGUCAAACGUCAAAGAACACCAACACCUACGACCGUGAGCACAAGCAUAAUAAGGAAAAUAAUCAAGAUGAUCUCAUUGAACGAGGGCCGAUUAAAUCGCAAUUUUGUCCAUUGUCACGCAGUCAACCUUACUGCACGAGAGCGGAGCAGCCACGGUUUCUCGAAGAAGCAAACGAAAUAUUCUCAAUCGAUUACGAUAAAACCGCGGAACAAAUCCUACGUGACAAAGAAUGUAGCGAAAAAUUGAACGCUUGUCUCGAUCAGUUGCAAAAUCUGGAGAGGACGAAUUACAAUUACAGCGAUAACGAUCGAGAUCAAAGUGUGUCGCAAGUUUGCGGUUCAAGGAAGGAUCUUCCUUCGACACCAUCCACGAUCGUUGAUGACAUUUUAAGCGACGAGUUUUUAUUAUUGGAGAACGUGAUAUGCGGAGCUUUUCAAGCGGCCCAACCGGUGAUGAGGGAAAACUUUGAUUUCUCUUUGGUCGUUUCCAAUUCCGGGAGCCGUGAAUCGAGUCGCGCUCACUCGCCGGUUUUUCCUAAUUCUAUACAGUCUCCGGGAAGAACGCAACAAAAUUCAAAUCACAGCCCAGCCAGCUCUCCUCAAAUCACCGUCGCAUCGACGUUCAGGCCGACGCAAAUUUUCUCCUACUCUUCCAGUUCGCCUUCCUCUUCGAGUCAAUCGUACAGUGACACAUCGAGCCCGAACAGUUCUUUCUCGCAUCGAACAACAGCCAGUUCUCGAAUCGACGGACAAUUCGAACAAGAUUUCGAAAAUUUUCAAUUGUGGAGAAACGAUCAUGAAACUGUUUCCAAUACUGUACUAGAUGAUAUCGGCAACAACGAAUUAUGGUCGAACGUGAUCGAUGAACUAGUGAAUAAUUUGAAUAAAGAGAAAGAUAAAGGGGAGGGAACGUAUUCGCAGGAUAUCUCGAGAGCAGAAAAUGCGAAUAUUAUUACUUUCGAAACCAACAACUUGCAGCAAGUUCGAUAUCGCGAUAGUCUCUCCGACAACAUUACCAUAGUUACAGAAUCUUUGCCUUGGUCUAGUGUAUCGUAUUCUACAGUGUCGCGGACUAACAUUCCUCAGAAAGGUAUCCAGAGGAUCGAUACAAAUCCAACACAAACUAACUCUGUAAACGGUCCUUUACUUUCGAGCUAUUCAUCAAAGAAUGAUACUACAGUUGAACGUUCGACAGAAACCAGUGCGAACGAUAAUAUUCAUCAUGAGCGUGAUUUCUCCGUAUUGUUUCAUUCGUUUGAUGACUCUUCGCCAACUGUGAAUACAAUCUCUAGCAGUUUUCACUUUGACGAUUAUAAAAUAAAAAAUUUGUCGCUGAGUCCUGAGAAUGACUUUCAAAUACCAGAAACAGUUAGUUCGUUUAAAGCUUGCUCUCAGCAACAUUGUGAUUUUAGUAAUUCUGAUCGGGGUACCAUACCAUUUUGGCCAUCGUUAAAUUUGCCAUCAGUAAAGGCAAGCGAGAAGUUGAAAGAGAAAUUGGAUCCAAAAGAAGUGAAGAAGGCUAUGAUUAGUCUGCUUAAACGACCGGUAGAAGAACUGGCCAAGCAAGACAAGGAUGGAGACACAAAAUUGAUGUGUCUCGUUGGCAAUCCGAACGAACUUGUUCAAAAAAUGGCCUACUUGGUGCCACUGGUAGAACGUAUGAGCACAAUCACGGGAGCUCUAACGAUUACGAAUGAUCGUGGCUUUGACGCGCUUUACCUAACUGCUUUGAAUUGUCCAGAAUUUCCAUUUGUCGCAGGUUAUUUAGCCGCAGCUAUGUUACAGAAAGGAAUCGACAUUAGUCAACGAUUAUAUCAUACGCGGGGUGAUACGCUGAUACAUUCAAUCGCGGCACAGGGAGAUUCUCAUAAAGAAACUUUGGGUGAACUGCUGGCUUUGAAAACUAUUCAAGAAAAUCAAUUGUUUGACCUAUCGAAACGUAACUACGAUGGUAGAACAGCGCUUCACGUAGCGAUCGAAUCACACGUACCAUUUACGAAAGGAACCACGUCAUUGGAAACGGUAAAACUGCUAUUGAAAUACGGAGCAGAUCCUACAAUCAAAGAAACGAAAUGUGGUAACAAUGCAUUGCACAUGGCAGUUUCCUUGGACUGCGAUCCUAUUCUCGUAAAGCUACUACUGGAUACUUGGACUUCCGAUUUGGUGAACGCCGUCAAUUACAAUCACGAUACAGCGUUGCACGUGGCAACAGCCAAGUCGACCAACGUCACUUUAAAAAGGCAGAAAGAAGUAUGCUGGCUGUUAAUUCAAGCCGGGUGCCAUAAGAAUUUACUGAAUCAACAAGGAAAAACGCCGUUAGCCCUUGCUUCCGUAGACAGGAAAGAAGCGAUCAGAGAGAUUUUGCAUAAGAGAUCAUAAGGACAAAGACAAAGCAUCGCGACAGGAUCCAGUAAAUGAACACCAAUCCUCUUUGUAAGGUCCAGACUUGUUUAAUUUUUACAGACUUUCAUUCUUCAAUGGCAUGAUUGUCUUUUCAAUAGUAUCGUCAUUACGAACUUGGUAACUUUGAAUUUUUAAGAUUAGAACUAAGAUAAAAAGAUCAGAACGAUUGUUCGUUCAUUAAUAUUCAUUAUUAUCUCCCACCUAAUGCGUGAACAUUUAACUGGUAAAUUCUUAGAAAUUUAUUAUCUCUAUAGUAUUUCUCGUUGAAGAGAUGUAAUUAUAAAAACAAGUUUAUCACAAGACUAUUAAACGCACCUCAAAAUACAAAUUAUAGAUGUCAAGAAACAAAAUUUACUUUGUGAAACGUUAUGAACAAAAGGAGUGUAGUACUGUACAAAUGA